GGGGACAUUUUUCUAUGUGUCCUGAGGAAUAUAAGUACUACUGUUUCAAGGGGAGAUGUCGUUACAUUGCGGUAGAAGAGAAACCAUCAUGCUUAGGCAGCUUUGUUGUUGCCAAAAAAAGAUGGCAUCCUUCGCUAUAAAUGACAUUCCUGAAAUCCCACUACAGACGAUAUGGGAUGCGGCCAAAGCGGUACUGAGAGGACACUUCAUUCAACAAAAUGCAAUAAGAAAUAAAAAAAGGAAUGAAGAAAUGAACAAAAUAACAAACGAAAUUAAAAAGGCCGAAGAUUCCCUGAAAAAAACCCCAAAGGAUGGAAAAAGCAAAUCAGAUCUGGAAAAACUUCACAAACAAAGGACACUCCUGGAAACAGAACAAACAUCAAAAGAACUCAAAUUCAUCAGACAAUACCACUUCGAGAAUGCUAACAAACCGGGCAAAUGGCUCGCAAGAAAGAUAAAGAAAAAGAGACAAAGCCAACAAAUCAUUAAAUUGGUCUCAGGAGAUAAGAUCUACACAACAGACGAAGACAUUUGUACCCAAUUCAACAAAUUCUACAAAAAACUUUAUGCCAGAGAUCAGAUCAAGAAGGAAGACAUACAACAAUUCUUAAAUUUACAAAAACUACCCAAAAUAUCAGACAAAUUCAGAGAGGAACUAAAUAAGGAGAUAACGGAACAAGAAAUUAGAAACGCUAUUAAGAAAACAGAUUUAACCAAAGCUCCAGGCCCGGACGGUUUUACGGCAAAAUUCUAUAAAGUUUAUGAGGAGGAACUAAUACCUUACUUAAAGAGAUUGAUGAAUCAGGCCCUGACUGACCAAAAAAUUCCGGACUCAUGGAAGAUGGCGAAAAUUACAAUGAUCCCCAAAGACAAUUCAGACAUAAUGGAUGUAAGAAAUUUUAGACCAAUUUCACUACUAAACAUAGACUAUAAACUCUUUGCAAACAUACUGGCGGAUCGUCUAAAAUUUUCUUGAAUGACUGGAUUAGGGAAGACCAGACAGGAUUCUUACCGAAGAGAGACCUAAAAGACAAUGUCAGAAUAAUUGUCGACAUUAUUGAAUACUACGAGAAGAACAUUCAAAAGGAAUGCGCCCUGAUGGCCUUAGAUGCGGAAAAGGCCUUUGACAGCGUCAACUGGGACUACAUGAUGCUCUUAAUUAAGGAAUUGGACAUGGGCCAUUUCUUUUCAAAUGCAAUAAAGUCUAUAUAUGACCAUCAAGAGGCUAAGAUAAUAAUUAAUGGAAAAGAGACAAGAAAUUUCAAAAUUAACAAGGGGACCAGACAGGGAUGCCCCCUAUCACCCUUGUUAUUUAUAUUAUGUCUAGAGACUCUUUUGAACAAUAUAAGAGAGGAUAAAACAUUGCUGGGAACAAGGAUUAGAAAAGAAGAAUUCAAAGUCCGUGCUUUUGUGGACGAUUUGAUUUGCAUUAUAGAAAACCCGCAAGAGAUCAUACAGAGAUGGAUGACAAAAAUAGAAGACUAUGGAAAGGUCUCAGGCCUAAAGAUAAAUAAAACAAAGACUAUGAUUCUGACUAAGAAUGUCUCCAAAAAAGGACAAGACAAAAUAAAGGAAAUAACAGGCUUACAGGUCACGAAUAAAAUUAAAUACUUAGGGAUAACCUUAACAGCAAAGAAUGCCCAACUUCUGAAAAACAAUUAUGAGACAAAAUGGAAAGAGAUAAAAAAGGAAAUGGAAAAUUGGAAGCACCUAAACUUAUCAUUAAUGGGCAGAAUAGCAACUACUAAAAUGAAUAUACUUCCCAAAAUGUUAUUCCUUUUUCAAACAAUCCCAAUAUUAAGAAGCACGCAAAUAUUUAAGAAUUGGAAUAGAGACCUUGCCAAAUUUAUUUGGCAAGGCAAAAAACCAAGAAUAAAAUUCUUAAAUUUAAUAGAUGAGAAGAAAAGAGGAGGAUUUGGCUUACCAGAUUUAAAAUUAUAUUACGAAGCUUCUAUGUUGCUAUGGAUCAAGGAUUGGUCUAACCUAAAAAAGACAAAGAUUCUGUCACUAGAGGGAUUUGAUCUUAGAGGAGGUUGGCAUUCGUACCUGUAGUACGAUAGAAAAAGAAUCGAAAAGAACUUUGGUAACCAUUUUAUAAGGUCAGCCCUUAUUAAAACGUGGGAAAAAUAUAAAAACAGACUCUACCAGAAAACACCAUUAUGGGUAUCACCCUUGGAAGCAAUACAAAGAAGAGAGUUAGCAUGGGAAAAAUGGCCAACGUAUAAAGAUGUCUUACAAAAAGUCAACGGCAAUUACACUUUAAAAAACCAAGAAGAAAUAAACAAAUUAUUUAAGAAUGUAUCCUGGUUCCAAUUUAGACAGCUCAAAGAAUAUUUCAACAAAGAUAAACUAAUGGGUUUCAUGGAGAAAGAUUCCCCUUGGGAUAAGAUAAUUAAUUUAGAAAAGAAGGAAAUAGCAAGAAUAUACAAAAUAUUAUUGGAAUGGGCAACGGAAACAGAAAUGGUAAAAGAUUGCAUGACCAAAUGGGCCUCUAACAUAGGUCACCCGAUAAAAAUGGAGGACUGGGAGAGAAACUGGAAUAAAAGGCAAAAAUAUACAUAUGCUUAUGAAUUAAAAGAGAACUGGUACAAAAUGAUGUACCGCUGGUACCUCACACCACAAAAGUUGGCUAGAUGGUAUAAAAGCUUACAAAAUAAAUGUUGGAAGUGUGAAUCCCAGGAGGGAUCCUUCUUCCACAUGUGGUGGACGUGUAAAACUGCAAAAAAGUUCUGGUCAAAAAUCCACGGGAAAAUCCAAGAAAUUUUAGGAAUAAAAUUCCAAAUGAAACCAGAAUACUUCCUUUUAGGAAUGCCAGACUUUGAAAUGGACCUAACUAAAGACAUAUUAUUUAAUUACUUGGUGACCGCGGCCAGGAUGAUCUAUGCUAAAAAGUGGAAAUUGAAAGAAGCACCCCAGAUAGAGGAUUGGUUUUUGAAAAUAUUAGAUAUUAUGAAUAUGGACUACCUAACACAACACCUUAAAAGAAACCAGGGACUACCAAAAAAAUCAGCAGACUGGACUCUAUUGAAAGAAUAUCUUAAAUAAAACAAGAAGAAACUUAGAUUACCAAUAAUAAGAACAAUAUGACUAUAUGGGUGGAGGUUUUGCUUUAACGAAAAGAAAGGUAUCUUUCUAGGACAUUUUUCUCUUUUCUUUUUCAAACCCCGAUGCAAAGGAUCGGAAGUUGAUAACUUUAUAUAUAUAUAUAUAUAUAUAUAUCCUUUUUUCUUCUUCUUCUCUUUUCCUUUCCUACUUUCCUAUACCACUUAUGUUCCCCCACUUUCAAUGUAAGGAAAAAAAUGUGCAGAAUGUUUACUAUAUAUGCAUAAGUGGUUUGGGGUUUUAUUUCAAUGUCCAUUUACUGUUUUGUUUGCUUUUAUAUAAACCUCAAUAAAAAUAAUUAAAAAAAAAAGACGGCACCCUUCACUUCCUCUGACAUAACCUGACAAAGUAGUGCCUGGCCGCUGUGAUGGACUGGAUGAGGGCAAACAAGCUGAAGCUUAAUCCUGACAAGACAGAGGUCCUCCAGGUCAGUUGUACGUCUGAUCGGCAGGGCUAGUCCAACGUGGAAGCGGAUUAAGCCACUGCGUUGGGUGCACGUCAAAGGGGGGCGCUGUUGAGGCCUCGACAGCGCCCCUGUGUAAAUUCAGCGCCAGUGUUUGUCCAGGUGCCGCCGCCGGGGACCAUCGCUCGCCAAAUGGUUGAA